GUGCGAUCGUUUAGACGUGAUUGAGAAUUUUUCCUCCUCGCUGGGUUCGUUCGUCCGUCCAGGCAAACAAACAGCAAGCGGCGACGUAAACUUUGAUCGAAACAAAACGGUGUUUGUUGUUUGGUGUUUUCUUCCCCAAUGUUACGUUCUUCGGUUUCGCAUUCGUGCCAGUGUGUGAGAACGCGAUCGAGUGCAGUUUUCGUCUAGCUGCUGCUUCAGGUUAAGAAAGCUAGAAGAAAUCACAAGAAGAGAAACAAAAAUCACGGUUUUUGGGAAAAAGCUACGAUCACGUUUGAAGUCGUUCUAAAGUGCGCUAAGUAAGGAGCCAAGACAACGUGAGUGCAAUUUGUUGAUUUUGGCGCGAACAGUGCGUUUGGGGAUUGGAAAUAGUAGGAUAGGGUGAAAACUAUCACUCAAGUGGUGCAUCGUGUGUGCAAUUGGUUCAUUGAGAUCAAUUGAGAUCAACCCGACUGGAAGAGAAGACAGCAAUUGCGCAAAACAACGACAGUAACUCAGUAACAAUUGAGUGCAAUUGUCUUGAAUGUGCGUAACAUUUACCCACGGAACGGGGAGUUUAAUCAGCGAAAAAUGAAUUUUCAUCAAUUUAUGAAAAGCCCCGAUUAAGAUUACAUUCGAGCAGCAGCCCGUCUUCGCACGACAAUCGUAAUACAGGAGGAAAGAUUGAUCCUCAGUGUUUAGCACCGUAAAACAAAGUGAGAAAACAAGUGUGUUCAAAGUGAAAAUACUCAAUUACUUAGAUUAGAAGAAGUGACACAGCAAUGGCAAUUCCAUUUUUGCAACCGGAAGAGGACGACAGCGCCCGGCACGGUAAUGGUGCGAAUGGCGCCCAACCCGGUGGUGCCGGAAAUAGUAGUAGUGUGGGUGGUGGAGCAAGUGUUGGCAAUCACAUUGCCGGUGCCGCCGCCAGUGGAAGCGUAGCAGUGGUGGUUGCUGGUGCUACCGGUCCUCUGCCGAUUCCGAACUCGCCGGCACCCAGUGGGACAUCAACCGCAGUGCAGACGCCACUGAUUGGGCCGAUGAACGGCGAUCAGUUGGUGCAGCUUUUCUACGAGGCGUUGUAUCGCUACUCGAGAGGAGAUACCCCCUCGACGCCGAUCUCGCAGUCGCCGCAAAGUUCUUCCUGCAGUCCGUUUACCACCGGGUACUACAAUGGUGCCGGUGGUGGCGGAGGCCAGGUGUUCUUCCCGCAGACCCCCAACGGAGUGUAUCGACCGGGUGGGGCAGGCGUCGGGAGUCGGGGUGCAGUGUUCUUUGGACUGCCAACUCCGAGCCCCAGCGGUAGCAGCAGUCACAGCAGCCAGCACAGUGCCAACAGCCCGGAUACGCCGUCCUGCUCAUCGGCGACGCCGAUUUUUCACCAAUUCCCGUCGAGCUUCCAGAUGCCCAGCACUCCCACCACCAGCAACGCAAGCACCACAACCACCCCCGGCAACUGGAACGGCGAGGGCGAUGGAGACGAAUCGAGUGAAUCGGAUUCGUCUCAGCAGUCGUCGGUAUCGGAAAGCAGUGGUGCCACCGGAUGCAGUCCCCACUGUUUAGGUUUAUCAGCGUCGCACCUGCACCUGCAUCACCUCCACCGUUGCGACGGUGUUGGCGGCAGCAGCGGUACCGGUAGCAAUAGUAGCAACACUGUGGCAGCAGGAACAAUGGGCCCAUUGCCAGCGAACUUUAUUCCACCGCAUCUGGACUAUAUGGCCGGUCGUGAACAGCUGCAGGAGUUUGCCGGCAAGAUCCCCCAACGCAAGAAGAAAUCGUCCAAAACGAGCAAGUCCAAGAAAUCGAGAUUUCUGGAGCAAACGCUGGUCUGGCCGACGCUGGCCGUGACCGCAACGCUGAUCGCCCUUGGGUGUGGACUUUUAGCGGCCAGGUGAACCCAGAACUCCACAGCUGCAGCAGCCCCACCAGUUCCAGUUUCCAGUUCCAGUGCAACCGAGAUUUCACAGCAGAAGAAACAAGUGCCUUGAUCAUCAUCGCCACAGCCACAGCCUAGGUAUAAGGAAAAUCUAGAGCUCCAAUACGCACUAAUUAUGUAGGUACUCAUCAUCCGAUCGUAGUAAAUGAUGUCGCAACUCAGCAAGUGAACGGCCGACGAGUGAGAGGGAAGCGAGGUGGGCGCUCCCACGCGGUAGACAAUUUUUCUUUUAUUCGUAUCUUACCAUAUUAGCUGAUUAAGAGACAACAGUGACCGCUAGGGGGUAAGGUUUCGCUAGGUUUUAAGGAACGAUUUCAAAGAUGAAACAAUUUUUAAUCCAUUUGAAGGAUUGUGAUCUCGAUUUUUUUUUUGUGUGUGUAACCCUCAUUGAAAGUUUUCAUUUUAAAUAUGAAUGUUUUUUAGUUUUCUUGAUGAAAGUCGUUAAUUGAAUUCGAAGGUUUUUUUUUAAGUUACGGUGGAAAACACAAACGAAAAAUGAAAUGCUAAGCCAAAAGUGAUUGUGAUUGUCCUUUUAAGUUGUUUUUUGUUUCUCUAAAAACAGGAAUUUAAAAAAAAUAUGAAUGCUUUAUUAUUUUGUUUUGUUCAUCCUCUACCGUUCUACAGAGCAUUUUGGAGUUAGGAAAAAAACCCAGAAAGUUUACUAGAUUUAAGGUAAAUGAAUUUUUAAUUUGAAACAUUUUAUGUAAAAGUUAUCAACCUAGCCAAUAAAGAUUUCGUUACAUUUUAAGACAACAGAUUGAUUUGUUAGUGAAAUUAUAUAUGUGUAUAAAUGAAUUGGAAAGCCAUAUCGGUUAGGUGAUCGGUUUGUGGAAUUCUUUCUAUUUUCUCGGAGAAAAUCUUCUAAAGAUGAUCUUCGUUUAUCAUCGGAAGGAAUAACAUGAGCCGAUUUAAAAUAUUAAUUAAUAAUUACUAAGCUUACGAGAUGAAUAAUAGUGUAACAGUAUUAAGCUUAGGAUAAUGAACGUCAAAUUACUGAUCUUCCGUAGAAAAUUAAGCUUUGAGUUUAUUAAAAUUUCAAUGAAAUCUUCUGUUCGGUUGGACACUGAUGAACACACGAUCUCGAAACUUGACAUCACUCAAGUUCAUCAUCCGUCGUUAUUCGUCAGUAAUUUUCUUGGCAUUUUGAUCAAAUAAUAUACACCCAGCUACAUUUUCCCAAUUUUCUAUUUCUGAGGUGAAGUUAGAAAGUUUCUGGAGGUACCUACCAUAUUAAUAUUUGAUUUUUUUUUUUCUGAUUUUUUGACACUAGUUGUAUCGAGCUUGGUUUUAGAACAUAGGAAAAAAGGAUUUAUUUAAUCUCAAAAUAAUUUUUGGAAAAAGUGGUUUAAAUUUAUAAAAAAUAUGCAUUUCAAGGGAAACUUCAUUCCUCUUGCUUUCUGUGCCGUAUUAGUAAUACGCAUUAAGACCACUAGGACUAAAGACAGAAAGAAGGCGUGAUCAGCGAUUAUAUGCCGGCAGCGCCGACUAGGUCUGAACAUAGGCUUUUGGGGUGAGAGGCUAUCACGCUUACCAUAGUAUGUUUCUCUUCGGCUGAGUCUAAAACAGAACGGAUGAUUCAGUUUCCGUGUCUGAGGAUGAUUUGAUUGUUAUCAUAUAUGUAAUCAUGAUAAAUACAUUUAAUAACUGAACAUCGUGACCAACAUUCGAAAACGGUCUAAUACAGGGUGAUUCGGUAUAACUGUCACUUUUAAAAAGGGUCAUAACGAUUGAACGCUUGCAUGAUUUUUUGAUAUCAGUAUACCCGAGAUAUACUACAUAUAUAACCUUCAACUUAGCAUACUUUAAUACAAAUUUCUCUCCUUUAUCCUUUAAUUACCAGCCACAUUUGUCACGGAAAUGAACCACAGCUGGCAUGCACUUUUGGAGUGAUGGCGAUG